UGUUGAAAAAAGAAAAAAAAUCGGGGUUUUGGUCCUUUGUGGCUCGUUGUCUAUGCUAUGACGAUGGGACAGAGGCUUAAGAUAUCAAACGGAUAGAGUGGCGAUUAUUACCAGAAAUUCCUCACUUAGUCCACAUACAGUAGGCGUGCCAGCAGGUACUCUGCGUUUCCGUGUCACUUCCUCGUUCCUCGGUGGAAGGUGAAAACAUUUCACGGAACAGUCACGUCCAGACGAGUGACUGUAUUCGAUUGAGUUUGCGCUACAUGUCGGGGGGAAGCAAAUAAUUCCUCCUUCAUCGCUUCAAACUCACGGAAAGUUAUUAAAGCCAUGGCUGACAGCCGAGAAGAAGAGAGGAAAGGAGACCAGGAGCCUCAGGGCGCCGCGGGUGGGGAAGAUGUCAUCGAUGAUCCCAUCCUGGAGCAAGGAGCAGUGGUACUUAGAGGGUAUGUGAUUGAACGUAUAAACACAGAGGACCCCGAUCGACACGUCUCCUCUCAGGAUCUGGGAGGAAGGCCAGAUGAACAACAGGAUCCACAAAUCAAAGAAGUGGUGGAACAAUUGCUCAAGAUUGCGGAUGAGUUGAACAGGAACGCUGAGCUCCAACGACUGAUCAACCAGGUUCAGGGCAACUGUGCUAAGGACAUCUUCAUGAAGGUGGCCAGGAGCAUCUUUGCUGAUGGCAUUAACUGGGGUCGAGUAGUGGCUCUCUUCCAUCUGGCCUACAGACUCAUAUACAAGGCGCUGACCACCAACCAUAUAGACAACAUCAGGACAGUCAUAAGCUGGGUUCUUCAGGUCAUCAGAGAGCAGCUCUACUCCUGGCUUGUACAGCAGGGAGGCUGGGAAGGUGUCAUCCGUGGUUUUUCUCGGUGGAGGACAGUAGCCAUAGUAGCAUCAGUAAUGUUGGUGGCAACUAUUGUUUACUACAGAAAGACACGCUGAGACAUCAGACCUCACCAUCGUGGCUUCAGUCCCAUCUCCUGGAUGGACACAGCUUGUUAAUAAAGACAGUUUCUGGACAUCGAUUACAACCACCCCUCGAUCUCCAUCUCACUAGCCAGAAGGAGUCGAAUACUGAACUCGAAAGGGGAAAGACCUCUCUUCUCAGGUUUCCAAGAGCAAAAAAGUGCAUGUACAGCUGCUUACCACCAUCUCCAUCAUCCUUCACCAGCAACUAUUCAGUAGAUUUCAUGGAAUUACAAGAGAUGCUGCAACACACCCUCUUGCCGCUAUAUUGAAGAUUACGAGAUCUUGUGCUCUUAGCUUAACGACGUCUUACGUUCACAUCAGUUCCUGGUGAGUCCAACUCAGUGAUCUCUAUCAAACUUGUAUCAAGUCAUACAUAAAGAUUUGUAUUGUGUGUUUUUUGUAUUAAAACAAGUUUAACUAGAGUGACACUCAGCAUAGUGGACCAAGGACCAAAUGUCUCCUCUAAUUAAAUCAGGCCAAAUCCAAUAACUGCAUCAAAUUGUACUCACUCACAGAUACCAUCCACCUGAAAAUGUCUAUUAUUUUCUCAUCAGGAUUCAUGCAUUAUUCUCUGGGAACUUAACAAAAACAACAACGAAACACCUCAUUGUGCAAUGUUUUAUGGAAAUCCGUUCAGAUGGUUUUGUGUAAUCCUGCGGAAAGACCAACCGAUAAACAAACCAACAAAAACACAAGCAAAACACAAACUCAUUGGUUGAGUUAAUUACCACAUUAUAAUCCUAGAAAAGACACCCAUUUCUUCAUAUUCGAAUUCAAGAACAUACGACUAUACAAAUUAUUUUCAUUUUAAAGGUUUGACCGCUGGACACAAGAUGUCUCCUUUACUGUUAAGUUGAGUAUCAGUGUAUGUGCACUGGAAUGAAUGUGAAAAGAACCUUUUAGUUUCAAACUAUGCACAUACAUCCUUUACAUCCUUUACAUCCUUUCCUUUGUCAUUACUGGGACCCUUACAUUGAACAUUAUGUAACUAAUUACUAUUACUAUCACAAUGACAUUAUCUGUAACGGUGUCUAUCCUCUGAACAGGCAGGGUUUAAACUGGGACCACAAGAUGUUGAUUUAAGCCUGAAUUGAUAUAUGAUUUGAGCAGAAGUUGCUAUAUUUAUUCUCUAUUUGAAAACUAUUUACAGAACAGCCUCAUAUCAGUUUUUCUGAUCACAAGAGUAAGAUAACUAUUUUACAAAGUUAGUUCACUUAAGACAGCCACCAGAUGAGGUUUUUCCUUUGUCAUGAUUACAGGUAUUGCCACAUUGUACUCAGAUGAAGUACAUUCUAUAAUCAGAUAACAACCACCAAUAUCUGUCUUUUGGAUUGUUAAUCACUUGAAUGUGAAUUGGUCAAACUGACAUUUACUCCUGCUUCAAAUGGUUUUGUGGUAGUCAAGUUGUUAAUCAACUCCAUCUCUGAUUGGCUGUGAUGGUAACACAAUACCUGGGUUGAAAAAAAAAAUCGUCCCUUUAUAGGCAUGUUGCCAUGAAGAGCUUUAAGUGCAUGCCACCAGCUUCUUCAUGCUUUUCUGUCCAUCAAGCAGCGCUCAAACAUCAUUCAGUUGUCGCUGAGAUGAAAGAGACUGAAGUAAAAGAUAUUUAAAUAGUAACAACCUGAUAAACAAUAUUAUCUGCUGCUUUUGACUAAUGAGAACAGAAAGGCAAACUCGUCACAUGGCAAUAUGACAGGAGUCAAUUGGCUAUUUUUAGUGAGUUUAUGAACAUUUGAAAGACCCGCAGAUGCACAAUGAUUCUAUGUAAAAUUUGCAUACCUUAACUGGACAUGUGUCAGCUGAGUACUCAUGCAAGACAUAUUACAUUGUUACUUGCUGUGACAGAGUGGCAUAAAUUCACCUGUGCUUAUCCUGCUGUAUCAAGUCAAGGUGAUUGCUCUGACCUUUCCAACAAAACAAGUUAUUAGAGUAAUUAAAUAAUGAGUUGAUGUAUCACAACUGUUGUUAGUAUUCAGUUGUCCUACUAUUGAAGCACACAUUAAAGCACAGACAAAGCUUACCCAUGGCCUGAAAAUGAUAGUCAAAGUUAUAGUUAAUGUUAAGAGUGACCAGAGGCAGCAUGCUUUCGGCAAAGCAGCAGUUAUCUUCAGUCUGAUGUAAUAAUAGUAUCACACCAAAUUCAUGGUUAGAAUUUACAAUGCUGCCGUAUAUAAAGCUGCUUUAUAUAAAGUUACCUUUCAUUUAAAUAUAAAGUAUCUCAGAAACACAUUGACAGUACCAUGACUUUCUCUGCAGAGCCUAAGAUUGACUGUGCUGCCAUCAACCACUCUGAGAGUCAAGUUCUGCAAAAAGCGCUAGUUUGUAAAACAUCCCAUUGUGGCUAGUUAAUCAUCCCAACCAAAUAAUAAGUCAAUCUUUAUACACUUCUUCAAAGUGUUAACGCUAAGCUUCAGCUCACAUCAGCAUUGAAGCUGGGUUAAAUAAUGUUUCUUGCUCAAAUACUUAUUGGGAGAUUUAUUGUUGAUUUACUUUUAUAUACACAACACUUUACCUUUGCCUUUUCAUAAUAUAUAUAUAUAUAUA